GUGUGUGUGUGUGUGUGUGUUCAUCUUCUAAAGUCUUGACGAACCGGGAUCACCAGCUGCAGAUAUUGAGCAUGAUCAGGGGAAAAACAAAGUUGGUGCAAUAUUUGGUGAAGACUCUGAGCGCCGCUGUUCAACAAUCAGGGAGAGAGAAACAAGGAGAGAUCCAGUCAGAUCCUCCCCACGCCUACCUCGCAAAGCACGAGCAGAGCAGAUCAAGCUCUAAGUCUGCACGGAGAAUAAGCCCACAAGCCGUCCCGGUUCUGAAUUUGGCUGUGUAUAUGGUUCAUCCAAGACUAGCUCCAGACCGAAUUUGAAUGAAAGAACACAAGAAGGUGGUAAAUCAGGCAGGAAAAACGAAAUGACUGCAUCACACAGGCAGCAGUCCAACAGAGAGCGAAUCCUGUUUUGCUAUGUCCUGGGGCUGCUAUGGAACACCGGGACGGGGAAAAUCCAUUACUCUGUGCCCGAGGAGAUGGAGAAGGGCUCUUUAGUGGGUGACAUCGCCAAGGAUAUUGGGCUGAAGCCGCGGGAGCUUUCGGAAAGAGGAGCUCGUAUUGUCUCCGGAGGUAAGAAGCAACAUUUCGCCUUGAAUGUCAGAAGCGGCAGUUUAGUGACAGUGGACAGAAUAGACAGGGAAGAACUUUGCCCGGGCUCCUUAAAGUGCCUUUUAAAUGUAGAGAUUCUCCUCGAGGACAAAGUGAAGAUUUAUGGGCUAGAAGUAGAAGUGACUGAUAUUAAUGAUAAUGCUCCACGCUUUCAGGAAAAUGAAGUAGACAUAGAAAUAAGUGAACAGGCAACCCUAGGAACAAAAUGUCGUCUUCCUAAUGCAUGGGAUUUAGAUAUGGGAAUGAACGGUCUUCAGAGCUAUCAACUGAGCCCGAAUCCUCACUUCUCUCUACUUAUGCAAAGCAAAGCAGAUGGGGCCAAGUACCCAGAGCUGGUGCUAGAGCGGGCCCUGGACCGGGAAGAGGAACCCGUUCACCACCUCAUCCUCACGGCCUCGGAUGGAGGAGAUCCUGUCCGCUCCGGUACGGUGCGAGUGCGAGUGAUUGUUCUCGAUGCCAACGACAACGCCCCGGUGUUUACUCAGUCCGUGUACAGCGUGAGCAUUCCCGAGAACGUGCCUGUGGGAACGUGGCUGCUCACAGUGAACGCCACCGACCCGGAUGAAGGAAUCAACGGAGAAGUGACCUAUUUCUGGAAUAUUCACAACAAAGCCAAACAGAUGUUUGAGUUGGACAGUCAUUCGGGCAGAAUCUCGACAGUAGGGAAUCUGAACCAUGAGGAAUCAGGGUUCUACGAAAUGGAAGUACAAGCUAAAGAUAAUGCAGGGCUUUUUGCGAGAGCAAAUGUGUUGGUAACAGUUGUGGAUGUAAACGACAAUGCUCCGGAAGUGACUAUCGCAUCUCUGAUCACCUCAGUCCCAGAAGGCUCUCCCUCAGGGACCGUCAUCGCACUUUUAAAUGUACACGAUCAAGACUCGGGAGAGAACGGCCUCGUCACAUGUUCCAUCCCAAGUAAUCGGCCCUUUAAAUUAGAAAAAAAUUAUGGAAAUUACUACAGUUUGGUGACAAACACGGCCCUGGACCGGGAGCAGGUUUCGGAGUACAAUAUCACCGUGACAGCCACAGAUUUCGGGGCUCCGCCUCUUUCCACAGACACUCUCAUCACCCUGCACGUGGCCGACGUCAACGACAACCCUCCUGCCUUCAGUCAGACUUCGUAUUCUGCUUAUAUCCGGGAAAACAACCCAAGAGGCGCUUCCAUUUAUUCAGUGACUGCCAGUGAUCCAGACAGUGAGAAAAACGCCCAAAUCACUUACACUAUUGCUAAUGACAUCUUCCAGGAGGAUCCUCUCUCUUCCUAUGUCUCCAUUAAUUCGGAGACUGGUGUCCUCUAUGCUCUGCGCUCUUUUGAUUACGAAAAAUUCCGGGACUUGCAGCUAAGAGUGACAGCUACCGAUUCAGGGGAACCGCCUCUCAAUAACAGUGUAUUUCUGACUCUCUUCAUCCUGGAUCAAAAUGACAACUCCCCGGAAAUCCUAUAUCCCACUUUUCCCACCGAUGGCUCCAGAGGGGUAGAGUUGGCUCCCCGAUCUGCAGAGCCAGGUUACCUGGUGACCAAGGUGGUAGCAGUGGACGGAGAUUCAGGCCAGAACGCUUGGCUGUUCUAUCGCCUGCUCAAGGCCACAGAGCCUGGGCUUUUUUCGGUGGCCUGCAUAACGGUGAGAUCAGGACUGCUCGGUCAUUCCUCGACAAAGACGCCCUCAAGCAGAAUCUUGUGGUGGCAGUCACAGACAAAGGCGAGCCACCCCUCUCCGCCACUGUAAGUGUCACAGUGGUUGUGGCAGACAGCAUCCCUGAGAUUCUCUCGGAUCUCAGCAUCAUGGAGAUCCCAGAAACUACUGAUAACUCCAAAC